AGGCAUUUAAACCUAUGGCUGGCUUUUAGCGGACAAUAGCAUUAAAGUCUGGGAAGACAGAAGAAAAAACUAAGAAAAAAAAUUCCCCAUCCAAAGGAAAAAAAAUCAAUUUUUCUUGCUUUCAAGUCAGUGCUGAAAAACUUAAACGUUUUGAAGGCAAACAUUACAGAAACUUCUUUAAAGAAAUCUGACAAAAAAAAAAAACCAAAAGGACAACAAGGGAAAAAUGUAUUUACGAAAUUUUCGAUUAACGAAUUAAAAAAUUAAAAAAAAAAUAAAAAAUAAAACAAAUUUCAAAGUAAAAGGAAAUAAAAAUUUUUCCUAGUGAAUGUGUGAAACGUGGAAAACGAAACUUGUGAAACAAAACUGCCAAUUGUUGCCUGCCAGGAUAUAAAGUUGGAUAAUAAAAGAACUUUAAAAUGGCCUACAACAAUGAAACACUGCCCACAGUAGCCACCACAACGGGGACAUAUUAUUCCUAUACCAUACCGGGUAUGGACAUAAGUAGUGGGUCCAUGAUUUUCAGUCUUAUAAGUCAAUUUUUGGGAGUGAUAACACCCGAUGAAUUGCCCUUAGGUCAAGUUAGGCAGUUACUACACUCGAAUUUCACCAUAUAUGAGUUUAUCACAAAUGCCAUAAAAGUCGAAUCCGGCUUUAUAGCUUUGAUGAGCAUAUUUGUGAUCUUGGCUUUGGUACCCAUAUUGGCUUCCUGCUGUUGGUGCUGCUGCAGCCGUAGACCAGGCGAUGAUGAGGAAUUUGCCCGAAAUGCUGCCAUGACAAAUGAGUCCCUGGAGGAGAGUCUGCAAUGUCGUAAAAAUGCCUCCAUAACCACAUUAUGGAUAGUUUUCAUAUUCUUAAGCCUCAGUGAUUUGUGUAUUUUUUAUGCCAACAGCCGUUUGGCCAGCACCGUGGAAAUGACUCCCGAAAUGAUCAAGUCCACAGUGCAUGACAUGGAGGUAUUUCUAAAGGACACCCAUUUACAAAUAAAGCAUAAACUUGAUAAUGGUUUUCAUGUGUCCGUGGAAAAAGUUGUCAAAGAUUUGGAAGAUGUGGAUGUUUUACUUGGGGAACCAAUUCAAGCGGAAAUUUCAGCACAUACUGGCAUUGAGUUGGCCUAUGAUUCUUUGGCAACCUUAAGCUUGGCAAAUGCCGAACUCAUCUAUCGUGUCCUUAUGCUGCAGGAGACUGUUGGACGAGCCUUGAAAAUCUCCCAAGAGGCUUCCGCACGCAUGGAAGAACUUCAAAUACAAUUGUCUGUGCUGCAGCGCCAAUGCACGUAUCGUGACCGACCACUGUGUGAUACGUUGCGCAUACGAAGUUUUGAAGAGAAUGGCAUUAUUGAUGCUCUCAAAACGCUGCAAGAGGAUCAAACCAUAUUUCGCAUGAGAUAUUUGGGUGAGAUUGAAUUUGGGGCCACAGUUAAAAAUUUAACAUCGGAAGUUGGAAUGUCACGUUCGAUAUUCAGUAAUUUCCCCCAGCAAGUCAAACUGGAUACGGCAUACGAACGGAAUUAUACCCUGGAACAAUUGGAAAGCAUACGCCAUCGCACCACCACAAAUGCACAAAUGUUAACAGCCACCAUAAAUGUCCUGCUGGGCCGUCUGGACGGUGUCUGGGACUCGGUGAGACCGCACUAUGAUAAACUGCAAAAUUGGUCCAAUAACUAUUGGACCAUCGGUUGGGUGGCCGGCAUGGCCAUUGUAUGGAUUCUGCUCUUCAUGGUCAUGUCCUACUGCUGCUUCCUGUGCGAGUCCAAUGUUAAGGCCGGCGUUAUACUCUUUACAGCUGUGAUCAUCAUAUGCAUGAGUUGCAUUGGUGUGGUCAUCUUUGGCAUCACCUCCUUGGCCAUUGGUGGCAAUGCGGAGGUGUUUCUCUGUAAGCCGCUGUAUGAUGCAGGUGAUAAUAUGGGCAAUCGCAUGGAUAGAAUUGCACCCCCACCUGCCACCAUACUUACACAGUAUGAGACGAAUAAUGAUGGCUAUGAGUUGCUGGGUAAGUUAUUCGACAAACCGGGCUACAUCUAUAAGGAGGAACCCCAGGCGGGCAUUAUAGGGGAACUAUUGCGACCGGAUGGUGUGAAUCGUGCCAUUGUUAAUGUUAGCUUAGCCACAGCAAUAAGAGGUUGUGAAAAAAAUGAAGCAUCGUACAAUGUCUUUCAAUUGGAUGCAUUCGUUAAUACAACCGCAAUAUCCAAUUUGAAACAAUUCCCCAAAGUCACCCAAGCAAUUGAUGCUAUCGAUGUGUCCGAACGCACUCUGCUGUCCUUGACUCAGACCAUACAGGACAUUUUGGAGAGCAUGUUGCAGACUUCUUCAUUUAAUUUGACCAACUAUCGAGCCACAAUAGGAGCUCCAACGCCGGAAAAAGAUUUAGCCACAUUCAUUGAUCAAAUGCAGCGGGUGGCAUUGCAGAUACAAGACGUGGCAACAUCCUCACGUAUGACAACACUUGGCAGUCGUUCAAAACGUUUACAAGCUUCCAUACUGCAGCCACUGGAGCAAUUGCAAAACGAAAUACUUUAUCAUUUGACAGCAUUGGAAUUGCAAAGGGACCCCUGGGCCAAGCAGGUCAAUCAGACACUAAACCAUUUACGCAACAUACAGGAGUAUCUGGAGAAGACAGCCGGCGAGAUAUGCGACAAUCAGACACGUAUCUAUACAGAAAGACUGAAAACCUAUUUGACCAGCAGCAAGGCAACCAUGUCCUCACAAUUGGGCGAUACCACAGCCAAAUGUCGUCCAUUUUUUGAUAUUUUCGAUGCUAAUCGCAUAUUUUUCUGCCGAAAUAUGAUUGAUUUCGUCAAUGCCCUGUGGUUUUUCACCUUUCUCACCUUGCUGCUGUGGUCCAUAGCCACACCAGUGGGUUUGAAUCUAAUCACACUGCAAAGGAAGAUAACAAGUAUAAAGAGAGUGCGUUUGCGGGCGGCCGAAAGAGGAGAUCGUAGCCGUAAACGAGAUCGGGGUACAAGUUCCGGCAGAGAUCGAAGCUCAAGUAGUACGAGAAGAUCAAGACCAGUACUAAAACGCUCAGCUACUGAAGAAACUUUAGAUAUAGAUGAUAUUGAUAGAGAACCCAUACGAGCACGCCAAUCAUCACAAUCGCCGGUACGGAGUCGUAGUCAGGGACGUCGUGCAGAAUCUGAUGUAGAAGAUAGUUGGCGAUCACCAGGUCCAAGCCGUGGUGGACAAUCAAGAGAUCACAGUUCCUAUGAACGUGAGACACCACGCAUGAGACCACCACCCAUGAGGCGCCAAGGCACCGAAGAAUUCGAUUUAGACAAUGAAGGACCCGUUAUUCAAGCUCGCGAGCGUAGUCAAACGCGAGGUGUAAGCAGUAGUCGACAACAACAACCACAACAGGAGCGAGGUCAAUCUCAACCGCGUAACAAAGCCAAACCUUUACGGAGGCAAGGUACUGAAGAAUUCGAUUUAGAUGAUGAGGGUAAACCUGAACGAAGUCAAUCCAGGGCCCCUAGCAAUAGCAGACAAAUGCAACCGCAACGAAAUCAGCCAAUAUAUCGUGGUCAAGCGAGAGAGCGAGAUCAACCACAAAUUGGAAAAUCCAAACCUCCCAUGCGUCGACAAGGUACCCAAGAAUUCAAUUUGGAGGAAGAGGAUAAUACCUGGCGCACACCGGAUCAACGUAGCCCCAGUCAAAACAGGCGUGGCGAUGGACGUUCCAGAAGAUCGGUCACACCCAUACUUCCCGCAAGACGAGAUGCACAACCGGCUCAACCUAGGCAACGAACACCUCCCAAACUAUCAUCACGAGUCUCGUUGACUACAAGGGCAGUGGCAAAUAUUGUCAAAAAUCGUGAGGCAGGCAGAAAGAAAGGCUUACAACGUCGAGACACAGAAGACUUCGAUAUGGAUGAGGAUAAUGCUACCUAUAGUACUUCCAGAAACAAUAGGCAAAAUUUAGAAGCAGCCCGACGAACACCACCUCGUACAGCACCACCACCACCGCCACCGCCAUCUAACAGAUCUCGAUUUAGUGAUGUUCGUACCAUACGCUGGACAGCCAACAACGAUGACAUUGAUAUUGUGGAUUGUGAUUCACCGAAUCCCAUGUAUAUGAUGCAUGAUCUCAAUAAUUAAGGCUGGUGCUCGAUACGUUUCCGUAAGGCAACGGCUGAUAACUUAUAUUUUGUUCUUUUUUUGGCAAAAACAUAUGCAGCGAACAAGUUUUGGCCAAAUUGGGUUCUUUCUUUUGAGCCGGAGCAAAUUUUGAGCCACACCUUGGAGGGGAUAAAACAACAUUUCGGAAACAAAGGACUACAACAUCAUGAACACAUUUCAUUUACAUACACAUAUCUAUGAACUAGUGUGUGUGUGUGUGCGUGUGCAAGAGAAAGAUAAUACACACAGCACACAUACUGGUAGGUAAAUAUGUAGGUAUGAAUGUCAGUAGCUUAUAUACCGCCCACAUGCACGAUUUUACAACAAAGAUUUGAUUUUUUUUUAGAAAUACAUUUUUUUUUAAAUAAGAUAAAAACAAACAAAAAGUUAAGAUUACUAAAAAAUUAAUUGUAAGCUCUAUUUAAGUUGGAUAAUUGAUUGUAAUGUUUAAAUGUUUUACUUAGAGCUAAAGCAUUUAUCAGUUCAAUAAAUAAAUCUUAAAACAA